AUGUCCGCCGAAGGAGCAGAGCUCAAGGAUGAGCAGAUUCCCACCCAGGAAGAGGGGGUUGAUGACGAGGUUCGUGUGAUCAAAGAUAUUUCCACUCCAGCAACCACGACUCCCGUGCGACGAAGCGAUCCCGCCCAGGAAGAAAUCGCCGCGAUGAAGCGCCGGGUCGCCGAGAUGGAGUCCGAAGCUGCCAAGCUGAAGGAAAUGCAACAGUCCCUCGACGCAGAGGCCGAAGGUCUCCAAGAGAACAAGGAAGAUAUCGAUGCCCGGAGCGUCUUUGUCGGUAAUGUGGACUAUGGCGCGUCGCCGGAGGAGAUCCAGUCGCAUUUCCAGACCUGUGGUUCCAUCAACCGAGUCACGAUUCUGUUGGAUAAGUUCAGUGGCCAGCCGAAGGGAUAUGCCUACGUGGAAUUCUCCGAGCCGAGUCUCGUCGCCAAUGCGCUGGUUCUGAACGAGAGUGUCUUCCGUGGUCGCAACUUGAAGGUUACCCCUAAGCGUACCAACUUGCCCGGUAUGACUCGCGGUCGUGGACGAGGUGCAUUCCGUGGAGGACGUGGGCGAGGCCGUGGCACCUACCGCGGUGGUGGCUUUCGGGGACGCGGUCGUGGCUAUGCUCCUUACUAA